CAUGCAAGCGAUCCUUCCAAGAACUUCUUUUGUAUCAUAAUGACGAAUUUUUGCCUGUACCUGAUGUCUUGGUUUUUGUUACUAGAUAAAACCUUAACGGACCCAACACCAAUGGGACUGUCUUCGGUAGCUAUCGCCUCCAGUCCGACAGCACCACAAAUAGCUGUCACUGAAGCUGCUAGUACAACUUCGAAUAACAAAACUAUUACCUUACCUAAAUUUAAAUCGAAUGUUACUAGCGGUGAUAAUUAUGAUGAGAUCUCCGAUGAUGGCUGGGAGUAUGAAAACACCUCCUUCGUUGACACUCGGAGGAUUUUAUACAGCAGCACAGUACCGAAAGGAAAAAGACCAUAUAUGGUAUAUCUUUCGUUAACCAAAGAGUCAGCUAAAGCUCAUAAAUACCGUGGUUGGUUAUGUGGUGGUGUUAUCGUAGACAAAUACUACGUAUUAACUUCAGCCGCUUGUGUCGAAGAUGCUGAUCGAUUCUACAUUGUAUCAGGGACUACAAAAUUCGUCGACAGUUUUGAUUACAAGAACGAUGACUGUGUAUGUAAACAUCGCCGUAGAGUCGUAUGGAAGUGUAUACCUAAAAACUACAAAUUUGACUUCCAAGACAGUAUAAAAUGGUCUUCUAACGACAUUGCAAUAGUGAAAGUAGAAAAGCCAUUCAAAUUGGGAGUUUGCGAAAGUGGUUGCGAAUUUCCAACGGAUAUUAUCUGCUAUAACAACAUUAGUAGAGAUUUGGAGAAACCUGGAACUAAAGGGUGUAUUGCCGGAUGGGGUAGCGGUAGUAAUUUCAGAGAAGGCGUCUACCGUCGCCAAUCAAGUGGAAAAGAUGCAAAUGUGCAUAUUCCAGAAAACGCCAAGUGCUUACAAGAGGCCAAAGUAUGUAUUAUGGACAACGAAGCCUGUUGCAAGAAGUGGGCGCAAAGGUUCAGGAACAUAAUCUCGCAAUACAUGAUCUGCACCAAAGACGUCAUGAAGAGAAUUAGUGAAAUUUGCGACAAGAAAUAUGCUAACUGCACGGAUGUCGAGACUCGGAGGCUUAUUGAAGAAGCUAAUUAUAAUGCAGACGCAGAUAGUAAUAACAGAAUCUUUAACGUGGACUUAGGGAGGCAUUUGAGGGAUCCGGAUGAUUAUACGGCUCGGCGGUCUUCAUUGCAAGGAGGAUUUUGUGAGAAUGAUCACGGCGGCCCGCUGAUAGUGAGGUAUCAAAACAAAGAGAGAGUGAUAGGAGUGAUCUCGGCUUGUAAGAUAGACCCGAAGACCCACAGCUGUCACGGACCCUUUCUCUACACUUCUGUGUUCAAAAACCGACAGUUCCUUUCAUGCGCUAUUAAUAAGGAUGUUGAAGGAGGAGAAAACUGCAGAAGAGUAUUCAGAACUGGCAUAACUCAUGAAGAAUGGGACGUUAACUGGGAUGGAUACAAGGAAAACGACGAUGAUGAACACGCCGCCAAAGCUGAUAAGGAUCACGAUGACAAUGAUAGUAACGAAAAAUUGUCUUUACGGGAGCAUGGGGCAUCGACAUUGGCGGCAGUUCAAGUAGCAGAAACAACUAAAACUCAGGAGAAAACUGAAGAAGAAUCCAGCAAUUCGUCUGAUGAAGAGGAUGAGACCGAAACACCGUCCGUAGCAGCUGCAGCAGCAGUUACAGCAGCAACGGAGAAAACAGAUGUAGUAGAGGAAGGGGAUAAAAAAGAAGUGAAGAAAGAAAUGAAAACCAAGAAGAAGAAAACCAAGAAACAUCAUAAGAAGAAAGAAGAAAAGGUAGAAAAAGUACAGCCGACCGCGGCCGCAGCCAACAAGAUGGAAGAGGGCGUGUCAGGUACACAGGCGCAGUGAAAGCAGAUCCCCUAUUUUACGAAUCUAGUAAAGA